AUGGCCCUGGAUCGUGGUACGCCUGAAGGUGUAGAGGCCUGGCUUGCGGAAGCGUCGACAAAACCUUGGUCGUUUCCCACAACGGUUGGACCAGAACUCUCACAGGAAAUAUUACAACACAUUUAUAAUCACUGGGACACCUACACACCUAAUAUUAAGUUAGGAAAAACUGUUGGUGAACAAGAUGAAGGACGAGUUAUCAGCGAACAAGAAGACGAAUGGGUUGUUCUGAUAUCGAAAAUGUUGCGGGAUUAUCCAAAUACUUCAGCACUUGAUUUGAAUAUAGAACAACAUAUCCCACCUGCCGCUCAGAAUGGACUUCAAAAUCUAAUGAACAAGACGAUUCUAAACAAUAUGUCAGUACCUCCUUCCCCAGGUCUGACCUCACCAGUAAACGCAACUGGGUUCAAUUUUCCACCGGCUGGUCCAUCACAAAUUCCUAUACACGGUCCUCCAAGUCGUUCCAAUUCAAUGUCUUCCGGACAAUCACUUUUUAUUCCUUCAAAGCGUCGAUCUUCGCAAUUAACACAACCCUAUCCUAAAGUAGGUGCAUCGCAAGGUUCGGAAUCACCUACCGAACCGAAGGUGGUCACCAUUACCCAAGGCAAAAAAUAUCAAAAACCAUCAAGAAUUCAAAUGAUUGAUAUAUCAACGGGAUCAAAAAUUAUUAAGGACCAAGAGGAAUCAAAGCGACAGACUCAAUUAGAGGAACAACAAUCGAAGGAAGCACGACGACUUGAAAGAGAAAAAAAGCAGGAAGAAAAACGACGUGAAGAGGAAGAGAAGAGGCAACAAAAAGAACAAGAAAAGGCUGAAAGAGCCGAAAAGCAACGGUUAAAAGAAGAAGCUAAAAGAAGAAGAAGUGAAAAGACCGAAAGGAAGACUACUACGAAGGUUAACACCACAACCGAAACUGAAAUUACGGACGCACAAGCAAAUACCUAUCCAGGUGAUGAAGUAGUUGAAGAGGAAACCGUCUCUGAUGGAGAGAUGUCUCAUAAAAAUCCCCAAACGAUUGUUGCAUCACCUACUUCUUUAUCGCCGCCAGCGAAUCAAUUUAAUGAUCAGUAUAUCGAUAAUUCAACAAUUAACACUAGCUUUAUGCAUGAAACUUCGACCGAAGCAGAACCAUCAAGGCAACCGAUGACAUCUGACGUUACUCCAGUACAACAACCAAUGCAAUUGCAACCGGCAUCUCAGCAGUUUGAAGAACAGCCUAGGCGUAAUAUGUCUCCUUCAGAAAGGCUUCUUUUUGAACGAAAUUGUGUUGCAGUAUUAACCGAAGCAAAUAAAGUUAAUGAUAAUGCCUAUUUAAGACAAAUAAUUAUUAACUUUUUAGGCGGUGUUCAUGGUAAUUAUGACUAUUUUGGAAUCAUCAAUACAAAUGAACUCAAAGCUGCUUCUGUUGGUAUUCUUAAUUCUGACGAUCCUGUGCGUCAAAUAAUUUUGCACGAAGAGACUGCCCGAAACCAUGAUGGCAAAGCAACCACAGAAACUUUAAUCUUUGAAAUUAAUUUGAACAAUGGACAGUGGAGAAAACUCAAGAGAAAGAAAGUAAAGGAGCCUGGCGGUCGGAUGGUUGUUCUUAAAACGUCAGACUCCGAUAAAGUGCCCCCCUUGGUACCUGAUAUUCCAGACACUAGAGAUCCCGUAAGACCUGAUCUGGCCACAGACGUUGAGUUAACAACAUUCCGAACAGACG